UGGGCUAUCUUAAAUUAUUUAUAUCAAACUUUUGAGUGAAUUAAAAUCAUUCACAUACAUAGCCUAGAAACCUCUAGUGAUAGUUUAUCAGGGACGACCUGUAGAACACAGCAAAAAUGGCCAGGGGCAUGGGUUUGUGCUGUUGUUUCAUCGUUGUAGUGAUGGCUUUACCAAAGGGUGCAACUGCUGCACAAACAUAUUUGGUUGGAGAUAGCUUCGGCUGGAAAGUUCCUCCAAAUAGCUCCUAUUACACCAUAUGGGCUAGCAAAAGGAUUUUCUAUGUUGGUGACAAACUGACGUUCAACUGGACUGGGUCGCAUACUGUUGGAAUUUCACAUAUACAAGCUGAAUAUGAUAAUUGCACAAGAGACCCUGGAGAAGUACUAAAUAGCUUAGGUCCAGGAGUAAUUGUACCUCUAGGCACAAGUGGUUCUUUCUAUUUCUACUGCACCGUUGAUGACCACUGUGGAAGUGGCCAGAAGUCCGCUAUCAACGCUCUAACUAAUGGCUCUGAACCUCCUAGUCCUAGCUCUGCUUCCUCUUUCACUAUUGGUGCCUUUGUUGCAGCAGUUGUCUCCACUAUAGUGAUAACGGUCUUGAUUUACGACUAAAUAUCACCAAAUUAUAGCAGAUCUAAUUUAUUUGUCUGACUACUCUACCAGUAUAGUAACCUUAUGUAUUAUUCAUGUAAUCCAACAUGUUUUGGUAAUAAAAUUCAUAAUAAAAAUAAUUGAUUAUAUGCA